GGGGCCACGCUGAGGCGGCGGAUCAUGGUCUCGCGAUACACGCGGAAGCCGGUGCCCCCCGACGUCCUGGAGACACGGAGACUUACAAAAAAUGCCUUAGCACAACAUCGCCUGCCAGAACUACUAGAUGACAUUUAUCCAGCUAUCCCAAGCACUGAAAGUUAUGAAGAAGCUUCAAGUGAGCCUGAACUCUUGAAGGAUUCAGAUUGUCCAGCUACUACAUCAGCUGACAAUGGGAACUCAUGGUCUGCUAGCCAGAGUUACGCAGGCACCUCCACUGAAGGCAGCUCAGUCUUCUCCUGGGGCUAUGAUGAAUUUGACAAAGCUGCCACACGACAAGUCCAGCAGAUGUUCAGACAAAUUGAUGAACUUUUAUAUGAACAGAAAGCAAGCGUGCAUGUUGAGGAUCUGCAGGAAGAGUGCCAACAGUGGACAUCUAGCUUUCCUCAUCUCAGGAUACUGGGAAAGCAGGUAGUAAUCCCUACAGAUGAAGGGUAUGAAUGGUAUUCAAGUUCACUUUCUGACAACUUAGGUUCCUUAGACAUAAGUCAAGCUCCAGAAAAAGAUUUUAGUGAGUUUAGUGUUUUUGGCAAGAAGGUACCUCUUUCUGUUACUCCUAUUCAUAAAGGCAUUGACUUUCCAAAAUCACCUGUCCUGUGUUCCAUGGAGACUGAAGAAAGUGAAGAUGGAGUGAUUGUCUCUGAAGGAAUAAUGGAAGAAUAUUUAGCAUUUGACUGCAAAGAUGCGGAGGAAGAAUUGCAUGAAAGGAAAAUGGGACUCCCAUUUGAUAGACAGAAAUUAGGUUUUCCUCCUGUCUCUCCAUAUCACUGCAUGAAAGAUGCUGUGCUCACAUAUGUGUUUGAUGAUGUAUGGAGUGAAGUCCUGGGCUAUAUGGAAGAGUUAGUCUGCAGGCACUGGGAAGGAUCAGUCACUGAUGAUGAAAGAAAUGUUAUAACCAUUGAAACAAUAAAAACAGAUUCUCAGAGCCCUUUUAGGCAGUUUGAACCUAUGCCAUUGGUAUUACCUCGAAUGCCACAAGCUAAAAUACCCGCCAUCACCUCAAAUCUGACAAAUUUCUCUCAAGGAUCAAGUGGUAGUUCUCAGCACAAUCUAAAUGGGUUGAUGAUGAUACAUGGGAUCCACUUACAGCAAAGGAAUCUGCCUUUAAUGGACAAAAUAUUAGAUAUGGAUGACAAACCACUUCUGAGGCCAGGCUCCAGUUCCCUUCUCUCAGCCAGAAGUCGACCAAAUCACCCUCUAGAGCUCAGUACAUCAUCUCUAUCAUAUUCUGCUCAUUCCACUAGAAGGCGAAACCCACCACCACGCACUCUGCAUCCUAUCAGCACUAACUAUUCUCGCUCUGGAACACCAAGAUCCGUAGACAGUGUCAUCAAAGGAACACGAUUUCUUACUGCAUAUGACAAGCUGUCAUCACCCUCCUCUGUGCCACUGAGCCGAAAUAAUGUCCUGCCGCCUAUUGGUACUACUGAUGUAGUGGAGCACCUGAGCACUGUGGGAUCCCAAAAGCAAAUGAAAUCCCGAGGGACUUCCAGUCGCGCUCAUAGCGCAGUAAUAAAUGAAGUUAACCAGCAGCCACAAGAGAGACUUUCCUUACCUGAUAAUUUCUCAAGGCCCAACACAACACAUACAUUUUGGCCAGAUCUGCAAUACCAACGUUCUUGCACUAUUAUUGAUUAUACUAAUCAACUCCGGACCACCAGAGGAUCAGCAGGCCCAGGUUUGCAUCUACAAGGUUCUGUGAGAACUCAUAGCCGAGGUGGAUCUAUUACAAGAAGCAGACAGGGACUUUGAUGUGCUCUGAAGAAGGAUUCUUCCAUCACCAGUGACUAAGUCCAGAAUGUCAUGAAUCAGUGCUGAAUCUCAGCAAUGUCAAAGUUGUUUACAGAGGAACUUACAAAACAUCUUUCUUUAUGAAGUCUUAUUUUGUAUAAUAUUUAAAAGAAAAAAAAA